UAUCGAGUUUUCCGAAUCGAAUCGGAUUUUGCUCACCCCUAGUUGGCUCAAAGGUUUUCCCUGUCGUUCUGAUUGAUAGUAUUACAUGGUUUGUUUAAUACAAUAAACUAAAUUCUUGUGUUUUGCAGAAAGAAGAAGCCAAAGUCACCAUCUAGAAUAUCUAUUAAACUAUUAUGUUAGGAUACUUCAAAGACAUCGUGAGCAAUUUACUUUGUCCAAAGCUUGGGACGCUGUCACACACGGGCUGCAAAUAUAUCCAUCAAGCCCAGAGCUCUUUAAAGCUUUGGUGGAGAUCAGCUGUCUUUACACAACUCCUAAUAAAUUACGGUGGAUGUUUGAUGAGCACUGUCACAAGAAACCAUCAGUAGUUGUUUGGCUUUUUGCUUUAAUAUUUGAGAUAAGUCGGAGUGGCUCGCUGCAUAGGAUCCAUGGAUUGUUUGAGAGGGCACUAGCAAACGAUAAAUUUCAUAAUUCAGUUAUACUCUGGCGAUUGUAUGUCGCAUAUGAGAUUAACGUUGUUCACAAUCCAUCUGCAGCGAGGCGAAUAUUUUUUCGUGCUAUUCAUGCCUGUCCAUGGUCAAAAAAGCUUUGGCUAGAUGGUUUUCUCAAAUUGAACUCCAUCUUAACCGCAAAAGAGCUGUCAGAUCUUCAAGAAGUAAUGAGGGAAAAGGAGUUGAAUUUAAGGACAGAUAUUUAUGAAAUCCUUUUACAAGAUGAGAUACUGUCAUGAUGCCUGCUUGCACGCCAUCCCAGGUUAUAUAAAUCUGUAACUCUGAAAAUAUUAUGUUGUACAUAUGUAGAUAUAAAAACUCUUUCAAUUAUUGUGUAUGGCUAGAAUGGACUAAUGGAAUGUCGGUCUUUGGAUUUUGGGGGUGCCCAAGUGCCGCAUUCUGUGGUCGCUUAGGAUUUGGUUUCUGAAAUCAUAACAAUUUCUUGAGUUUUAUUAGUAAAAUAGCUGACAUUCUUGAUGAUUAA